AUGGGGGGUGGUGCCGUUGGAGGAGUCUCUCGACAACCUGACCUGCCCCCGACCACGUCAACUAACCCACCUCCUGUUCGGUCAGAGUCCAAUGAGGACAACACGAUGAAGAAUAAUCUGGAUUUCCCGGAGUUGCCUGGGGUGCCCCAUGACUCGCCGUUGAAAUCCGUCACUCCGGAUAACAAGGAGGUGGACGAUGAGGAUGUGAAGAAUCCGGGCGAUGAGUCUGAGAUCGAUUUUGAUGAUUUGACCCGACGUUUCGAAGCUUUGAAAAAGAAGUGAAGUUAUUAUGUAUUUUUACCACUGGCUUGAAUAAAUGAAUAAAGUAUUUAAUUUCUUUA